AUGCGCUCACAUCGCAUCCAUCGUGCCCCUGUGCGCACGUGCGCCCUGCCCCAUCCCCCCCUGCCCCAUCCCCCCCUGCCCCAUGCGUGUGCGUGCGUGCGUGCGUGCAUGCGAGCAGGGGCGGCGGCGUGCUACAUGCAGCAGGGCGAGGCGGUGUUGGAGGUGGCGUGGUUCAAAGACGCGCUCUCCUCGUGGCUGCUGGGGGACUCCGUGCUCCAAGAUGGCAGUCUAUUCAUGGCGACGCCCAUUGAUGCUGCCUUCCUGCUCCUGCCCAUCCUCGAUAAGAGCAGGAUGAAGAAGGAGGGGUCAGACAGUGAAGGAAUGUUCAGAUCACUGGAUGAGAUCUGCACCGUUGAUGGAUUCCCAUCCUACGGCUGGCUGCAGUCACAGGGAGUGUGGGAUCCCGUUCUCCCUCUCAUCACCGACAUCAGAGAGGUGGGCAGCACACGGUUCUACAGGCUGAAUGACAGCCGGGUGUUGGCGUGGCUCACAUGCAAGGUGGCGGCGCUCAAGGCAGCGCUGAGGCAGCAUGGGGAGGCGCCGGUGAGAGGGCUGCCAGACCCCGACCUGGAGGCAUACGCGGUGGGGCUGCUGGGCGAGUAUCUGCCCGCCUCCUUCCACGCUGCCCUCUGCCGCCACCUCGCCAUCAGGGAGGGCGAGGUGAAGCAGAGCCAUCAAGGGGGGCAACGCCUGGCCAGCCCACCUGCCACUACUGCCACUCAACCCAAGCCCUCCCUGCCCCUCGCCGGCGCGAAUUCCCCUCUGCGCCCCUCCCACGCGGCCGCUGCCGCUGCCGGCGCUGCCCGCACUCUCUCCCCUCCGCUCUCCGCGCGCCACUCCGCGCCCCACCAUGCGCGCCACCCGCCUCCCCUCAGUAACCUCCCCCAGCUCUCCCGCGCCUCCUCCUCCGUCUCCUCCUCGCUCCCGCGCUCCGCGCUCUCGUCCCCCGCGUCCUCCGCGCUGCAUCUCCCCGCCAUCCCCUCGCUGCAGUCCCUCCCCUCGCUCCGCUCCCUCUCCUCCUUCUCCUCCGCGCACACCUGCGCGGGGUGCUCCUGCGCGGGAUGCGCGGGGGGCAGCGCGGCGGGGGGCACGCGGAGCCCGUCGGACGGGGGGGAGGUGCGCUGGUACUUCAGCAAGGGGCACCUAGUCAAGGGCGCGGUGGCAGCAGCGGUGCCACACGCCAUAGUGGCCUCCUCAGCUGACUUUCUGCGCUUCAGUGCGCGCGACUCACACGCCCUCGAGACCGCCUUCCGCCAGCGCGAGGAGGAGCUGCUCACGCUGUGGUGGAAGGAGUAUGCUGACGCGGCAGUGGGGCCCGCGCCAGGCGAUGCAGAGAGACAAGAGGAGGAGGAGGGGGAGGGGGGAGAGGGCGAGGAUGAGAGUGAGGGGGAGAGUGAGGAGGGCGAGGAGGAGCCGAUGGGGGUGGCGGUGAAGGGCGGGCUCUAUGAGGUGGACCUGGGUCGGAGGCGGUCGUAUGCGGUGUACUGGGAGGGGGAGGACCGCCGUGUGCUGCGCGGGCUGUGGUUCGGCAAGCGGGCGGCACAGCUGACGUGGCAGCCGCUGAGGGAGGACGUGGCAGAGCAGCUGGAGGAGGCGUACAGGAGGCGGGUGAGCAGGAAGGGGAGAACGGGAGAUAAGGGAGGGAGGAGAGAGGGUGGAAUCAAGCUCAUUCCAUCCCUCUUAUUAUUUGUCACUCGCUCUCUUGCCUCCCUGCUUCCUGGACCCUCUUCCACCGCUUUCAACCCUUCCAUCUGCGUGUCUCCCUGUGCUGUGCAGGUGUGGCGGCGGCGGUGGUUCCAGCCGUCAGGGCUGUUCGCCGCUAGAGUGCCCAUUGCUGGCGCCGGCGAGGGAGUGAGCGCACUGUUCACGGGGGACGACAGCAGCUGGCAAGCGCAGCUGUUGGUCGAAGGAACGCGGCUCUUCUCCUCGCCACUGCACGCCAUGGCCCUGCGCAGGGGCUUCCUGCCUCCCGCCUCCACGCCCGCCGCUCAGGUGAGUGCGAGGUGGACGUGGAAGGAGCUGUUGAACUGUUCCUCUUACCGCAGUGCGGUGCAGCCAACCCAUCUAGUCAACCUUCUUCUCCACAACACUUGCACUUCCCGUUCUUUCCAUCUGUGCCACCUUGUUCUGGCCGUGCCUGGCCCCACUUUGACCCCCCCCUCUCUCCCCCUGUCUCUCGCUGCGUGGCAGCAGGAGGACGAGCAGCAGGUGAAGGAGGAGGAGCUGGAUGACUAUUGCUCCAUGGUGGGUGGAAUUGUUCUAGCCAACUUCCGCCUUCCCAUUCCCCUCCCGUCCACCCCUUUCCCCCCACCUCUCCACCAGGUGCCAGUGCAGCACGUGGUGUUGAUGGUGCACGGGGUGCCAGUGCAGCACGUGGUGUUCAUGGUGCACGGGGUGGGGCAGCGCCUGGAGUCAGCGCACCUGGUGGAUGACGUCACGGCCUUCCGCCACCACGCAGCACAGCUCAGCCACUCGCACCUCACCGCCCACCAGCGCCUGCAGCAGCGCUGCCUCUUCAUCCCCUGCCAGGUGCCCCCCUCUCUCCCUACCAACCGAGCCACCAUCGCUCCUCACACCCGUGUUUCUCUUCAUGAUGCAGCCUCUAAACACUGUCUGCCGCGUUUCCCCUCAUCUCUCUUCUCCCUCACUGUCCACCUCCCUGCCUUCCACUCCCCUCUCUCCCCGCAUGUGCAUGUGUGUGUGUGCACGCCCGGGUGGCAGUGGAGGAGGGGCAUGGCGCUGGCAUCGGAGGCGGUGGUGGAGGGGAUAACGCUGGAGGGCGUGAGGGCGCUGAGGGACGCAGUGAGCGCCACGGUGCAUGAUGUGCUCUACUACAUGAGCCCCGCCUACUGCCAGACCAUCAUCCACUCGGUCAGCGCCUGCACCGCACUGCACUGCACACGCACCCUGCUGCUCUGGGUGUUGUCACUGCUGCCAGUGUCCGGCAUCUGCCUCUCGAAUCCAGCCUCAUCUCACCGCCUCUGUGACCUUCGCCUGCCGGGCAUCUGGUCCACUUGCCAGCCUUCACCCAUCAAUUUGUCACCCUCUGCCAUUCCUCCUCUCUUCCUCUCAUUCUCACAUCACCCCCUCCCCUCCUAUCUUUUCCCCUCGCAGCUAACAUCCUCAUUGAACCGGCUGUACCGCAAGUUCAAGAGGCGCAAUCCGCUGUUCAGCGGGCGUGUGUCGGUGUUCGGCCACUCGCUGGGCUCCGUGCUGCUCCAUGACAUCCUCUGCCACCAGCCGCCGCUGCCUCCUCUGCUGCCCCACCCGCUGCUGCCGCCGCCGCUGCUGGAAGAUGGUAGAGGGUUGGAACCGAUGCAGGGAGGCGUGGGGAAGGUAGGGGACGAUGGGGGAUGGGAAGACGGGGAGGGGUGGAGUGAAAGUGAGGCUGCAGAAUCGCCUGUGGCUGUCUCUCCAGCAGCGCCACCUGAAGCAUCUGCUGACGCGCCUGUACCCCUAGAUGGGGCAACACCUGUUUUGCUACGGCCUCUCCCUGCCAUUACCGCUGCCAGCCCGGCCAUGCCUCAAGGCCCCACGCACACCAGCGAUGAUGGCAGCAGCCAUUGGUGGGCUGGGUGCAUGCCGGUGACAAGCGGGGCGACGGACGGUGCAGGAGGAGAGGAAGGGAUCGAGGCGGGGCGAGAAGGGGAGAUUGAGGGUGGUGCAGUGGCGGAGCAAGGAAGGGGCUGGGAGGAGGAGGAGCAAGUGCAGGGAGGGGGUAGGAAUGAUGGGCAAUCAGAAGCAGGUGGGGCAACGGGGGCGGACACAGAGACAGCAGAGCAGUUAAGGCACAAGCUGGGCGAGCUCCAGAGGGAGGUGGACGCGUGGCGGGCCGCCUUCCACCACCUCGCCUCCUCGCUCCCCCACGUGCCUGCUGCUCGCCUUGUAUCCCCCUCGCCAUGCCUGCACCACACUGCUCCCGCAUGUCAUCGCGCCUCUCCUCCGUCCCGCGCCUCUCAGCCCCUGCACCCCCCCGCUUCCACCCUCCCCCUCCUCGCUCUGCCACCCGCCCCUCCUCCUCUCCUCCUUCCAACGUCAUCAGCACCAUCGCCUGCGUGCCCCCCCACCAGUCAAGCCACCAGCCCUGCCACUCCGCCUGUGCAGCCUGCCUCACCACCUUUACCAGCCUGCCCUCCCUGCUGCCCUGCCAGCAGCCCCUCGUUGAGCCCUCCUUCUCAUGCCACUGCCAGCUCUCCUCAUGCUGCCCCUGCUGGCAAUGUAUGCGCGGUGGGGGCUGGUGACGUAUUGAUGGGGGACGGGGCUGAGGGCAGCAUAGACAGCCGGGCAGAGGCGGGAGGGGUGGAACAGGUAGCAGGAGCACGGGAGAAGGCGAAGGAUGAGGAGGCUGGGGCUGGGGCGAGUGGGGAAGCACAGGGGUGUGAAGCACGCCUGGGGCGAGGAGUGGAUGGGACAGCGAGGUUCGAAGGUGGGGAAGGAGUGGGUGGAGCAGUGGGGCAGGCACGGUGUGAGGCAGAGGCACAGGCAGAGGCACAGGCAGAGGCACAGGCAGAGGCACAGGCAGAGGCACAGGCAGAGGCACAGGCAGAGGCACAGGCAGGAGUGGAGGCAGGGGGGGUGGUGGAGGUGGCGAGUAAUGGCGGUGGAGUGGGAGGCUAUGGGGGAUGCAGUGAGGAUUGUGAGGGACGCAGGGAGGGUUGUGAGGGGCGCAGGGAGGGUUGUGAGGGGCGCAGGGAGGGUUGUGAGGGGCGCAGGGAUUGUGGUGAGAGAAGCAGGGAGGACGAUGGGGAAUGUGGGCAAGACGAGGAGGGUAGUGAGUGGGGCGUGGCAUGCGCACAAGUAGCAGUGGUGGUAGCAACAGAGGAGGGCGAUGGGCCAUGUGCGGGGGAGGGGCGUGGGGAAGGCAGUGGGGAAGGGCGAGAGCAUGGGGGAGAGGGGCUGCAUGGGGUUGCAUCCACUGGUGGGAAUGCGAGAGGGGUGAGUGGAGAUGUGGUUAGCUGUGGGUUGGAGGGCAGGGGGGGAGAGGGCAGUGCAGAGGGCAGUGCAGAGGGGAUGGGUGGUCCAGCUGGUACUGUGGAGAGUGGUGGAGAGGCGCACCAAGUGGGGGAAGAGGAGGGCGGAAGGGUAAGAAGGGGGACGCUGGGAGAGGUUGGGACCGAGGUGGCGGAUGGGGGGAGAGAUGGAGGGGGGUUGCAGUACAGUGCGAGUGAGCGACCAGAGUAUCUGAGCGGGAGAGAAGGGGUUGUGGAGGGAGGGGAGGCAUGGAUGGAGGAGGAGGAGGGGUUGGAUGAGAGAGAGUGGGAGAGAGGAGAGAGCCGUGGGAGGGAGGGCGCUGCAAGGGAAAAAGCAGGGCCGGCUGCGGCAGGUGCAGCAGGGGGUAGGGGCGGAUUUCGGGCACAUGGGAGAGGCGGCGAGAGAGCAGCAUCACCGCGGGCGCCGCCGCGCCAACAUGCGCCGUCCAUACGCUACGGCCGCCUGCUCUUCCCCGUGAGCUGCUCUCCUCGCCCUCCUCCCUGCUUCUUGCCCCUCUCCUCAUCCUCUUUGCUCCCCUCACCCUCUCAUCACCCCCUCUCCACAACCCAUUCCCUCCCGCCCCCACCCCCCUCCACGCGGCCACAGGUGGACACAUUCUUCGCAGUGGGGUCGCCCCUCGGCCUCUUCCUCGCUCUGCGCAACAUUCGCCUCGGCGAUGGCGGUGAGGAGAGAGAGGGGGGGGAGUUUAGUGAGGCAGGGAUGGCAGGCGGCAACAGUGCGCGGUACUGGGGCAUGGAGGGAGUGCAGGAGGAGCUGCCAGCAUGCCGCCAUGUGCUCAACAUCUUCCACCCCCACGACCCUGUCGCCUACCGGUCAGUGUCCCAGUGGUGGGUUGCACACGUGUGGUGCUGUGGCCUGCAAAUGACCAUUGCUGUGCCUGCAUGCAUGCGAGGUGCCCUUUGCCGUGUGCUCUCGUCAUUCGAACCCCCUCUCACCGUGCCACGUGUCACGUGCAGAUUGGAGCCAUUGGUGUCACCACAGCUGGCGCAAGUUCCUCCGGUGCUCAUGCCAUACCACCGAGGCCGCUACCGCACGCACGUCGUAGUCAAGGUGAGGGCUGGGCUGUGCCUCUUGCUGCAUUAUGCCUUCCCACCAUGCCCUCCCAACCCGUGCUGUUCCUCAUCCUACUUCCCUCCCUCCCAUACCGCAACCCCAUACGUCCCCAUGCGUGCACCCCCUUUUCCUUCAUGCAUGCAGCGCUUCUUCCAGCAGCUGAGGGACAGCCUGAGAUGGCUGUACCAUGCACUUGUUUCGCCACUGCAAUACAUGCUGGUGAGUCAUGGGAGGUACUGUGAUGCCAUGUGA